GAGGCUAUUUUAUUUCUUCUCAUUUUCUUGAAUCUGUUAAAAGACUUCAUACAUUUCUUAAAUGUCAGGCUUGCAGAUCCUGGCUCUUGUCAGCGGCCUGGUCGGGCUGGGCGCCACUAUCGGCGCCACAGUUUCCAAUGAAUGGAGGGCAACUAGUCGGGCAUCCUCGGUCAUCACAGCAACCUGGGUGCUCCAAGGUCUGUGGAACAACUGUGCUGGGAAUGCUAUUGGAGCUCUGCACUGCAGACCACAUCAUACUAUCUUUAAGCUGGAAGGCUACAUCCAAGCAUGCAGGGGAUUGAUGAUUGCAGCAGUCAUUCUGGGCUUUUUUGGUUCUAUAUUUGCCCUUGUUGGAAUGAAAUGUACCAAGAUUGGAGGAACUGACAAAAACAAAGCCAGGAUUGCCUGCUUUGCUGGAGUAUGUUUCAUUCUUAGUGGCCUCUGCUCACUUUCAGCGUGCUCCCUCUAUGCUCACCGGAUAACAACCGAGUUUUUUGACCCAAUGUUUAUGGCACAAAAGUAUGAACUGGGAGCUGCUCUCUUUAUCGGCUGGGCAGGUUCCAUCCUCUGCAUCAUCGGAGGAGGCAUGCUCUGCUUCUCCAUCAAAGGUUCUUUUAGCAAAAGCCACAGUCAGGGAAAGUAUAUCUACAAAGGUGCUGCCUCACACUCUCAUAUCUCCGCUUACCCAAGAGGGCAGGCGAUGUCUGUAAACCAGAGGCCGCCUCCUGACUAUAGCAACUCCUCCAGGAUGCAGCACUUUGAUAAGAAUGUGUAUGUGUGA